AUGGUGCUGGAGCCUUUGGAUCCAGUCUUUCCUCAGGCCGGCUCUAUCCUGCCCUUGCGCUUCUUACGAUUUAGCCAUGAGCUGGAUAUCCAAUCAGUGUUUGUGGUGGAGAGUCCAGUGAAUGCCAGACCCUGGCUUACACUUGGGUUCAAGCUUGGCUCAGACCCCGUCUUCAGGAUCUACACUGAAGAGGCCCCAGAAUAUCUGACAAGAAAACUGCCGGCAGAGCUGCAAACAACCACCAGAAAAGACUGCAUCUCUGAAAAGACUGCAUCUCUAGGAAAAAGAACCAGGAUCUAG